GGGUCGAGCCGCUCCGCCCCCCCUUGAGUAAGGGCUAACGGUUUCCCGUAGCGGCCUCUGGAAGGGGGCGCUUCUGUGUCCCGUGGCCCUGGCUCCCCUGCGACCCCGCGCCCCGCAGCAACUCCAAGAUGAUGGGCUGUGGGGAGCCAGAGCUGGAAUCGGCGGAAGGGGAAGAGCCCUUGGCGGCCCCGGGGCCAGCCCCUGAACCUCGAGCCCCGGAGCCCCGAGCCCCCGUGCCCGAGCCCGGCCUAGACGUGAGCCUGAGCCCGCGGCCCGAGAGCCCCGAGCCGGCGCACCGCAGUCCGGGCCGUCGGAAAGGGCGGGCGGACCGGCGGGGCGGGGCUCGGAGGGGGCGACAGGUCCGUUUCCGCCUGGCGCCGACCUCCCCGGGUAGGUCCGAGCCACCAGCGGCGGCAGUCGCCGCCCCGAGCGAAAAGCCGGCGGCACAGCAGGAGCUGGCGGCACCUGCGCUGCAGAGCACCCUGGCCUUGGGCCUCGAGCUGCAGGCCGCGCGGGCCGCCGCCGCGGGCCACUUUGACGCCGCGAAGGCGGUGGAGGAGCAGCUGCGAAAGUCGUUCCAGACCCGCUGCGGCCUGGAGGAGAGCGUGACCGAGGGGCUGAACGUGCCGCGCUCCAAGCGGCUCUUCCGGGACCUGGUGAGCCUGCAGGUGCCGGAGGAACAGGUUCUCAGCGCCGCGCUCAGGGAGAAGCUGGCGCUCCUGCCGCCGCAGGCUCGAGCCCCGCCCCCAAAGGAGCCGCCUGGGGCAGGACCAGACAUGACUAUCCUGUGUAACCCACAAACACUAUUUUAUGAAUCUCCACACCUAACCCUGGACGGCCUGCCCCCUCUCAGACUUCAACUCCGGCCUCGCCCUUCAGAGGAUACUUUCCUCAUGCAUCGGACUCUGAGGCGAUGGGAAGCUUAGACCUGGAUGCUAGUUUUUAUUUUCCUAUACUAAUUUUUUUUUUUUUUUUUUU